UGUCCCCAUGUCCCCCCUGUGACCCCGCUGUCCCCUCAGCAGAUCCUCAGCUCGGUGGAGUCGCAGGCUCCCAGCCCCGCGGGGCCCUCGGCCUGUGGCCCUGUCCCCGUCGCUGUCCCCGUGGUGGCCGUGCCAGGCCCGGGGGUGGCGGCAGCGCUGCCCAACGGGGCCCCCCCGGGUCCCCCCCCGGUGACAGAUGACAGCAAAACCAACCUGAUCGUCAACUACCUGCCGCAGUCCAUGAGCCAGGAGGAGCUGAGGAGCCUCUUCGGGAGCCUCGGCGACAUCGAGUCCUGCAAGCUCGUCAGGGACAAGGUCACCGGACAGAGCCUGGGUUAUGGAUUUGUCAACUACGUGGAGGCCGGGGACGCCGACAGGGCCAUCGGGGCCCUCAACGGCCUCAAGCUGCAGACCAAGACCAUCAAGGUGUCGUACGCCCGGCCCAGCUCGGCCUCCAUCCGCGACGCCAACCUGUACGUGAGCGGGCUGCCGCGCGCCAUGGGCCAGCAGGAGAUGGAGCAGCUCUUCUCGCAGUACGGCCGAAUCAUCACCUCCCGCAUCCUGGUGGACCAGGUCACAGGUGUGUCCCGGGGGGUCGGGUUUAUCCGCUUCGACAAGCGCGUGGAGGCCGAGGAGGCCGUGCGGGGGCUGCACGGGCAGAAACCCCUCGGGGCAGCCGAGCCCAUCACGGUGAAAUUCGCCAACACCCCCGGGCAGAAAUCGGGGGGGGCCCUGCUGAGCCUCUGCCCCGGAGCCCGGCGCUACGGGACCCUGCACCCGCCCCCGCAGCGAUUCCGCCUCGACAACCUGCUGAACGUGGCGUACGGCGUGAAAAGGUUCUCCCCGCUGGCCAUCGAGGCGGUGCCGGCGCUGGCCGGGGUGGGCUUGGGGACGCCUGGCGCGGGUUGGUGCAUCUUCGUCUACAACCUGGCCCCGGAGGCGGACGAGAGCGUCCUGUGGCAGCUCUUCGGGCCCUUCGGCGCCGUCACCAACGUCAAGGUGAUCCGGGACUUCGCCACCAACAAGUGCAAAGGGUUUGGUUUUGUCACCAUGACCAACUACGAGGAGGCGGCCGUGGCCAUCGCCAGCCUCAACGGGUAUCGCCUGGGAGAGCGCGUGCUCCAGGUGUCCUUCAAGACCACCAAGCAGCACAAGGCGUGAGGGUCUGGAGAUGGUUGGGGAGGGGGUGGC